AGUAUAGUGUAUUUUUGUGAAUGGAUUGGAAAAGUUGUGUCAAUUACGAGGAAUAAAAAAUAUUUUAUGGAAUAAAUACAAAAAAAUAUUAAGAAAAUUUAACGUCAAGCCACAAAUUAGGACAUUUACAAGCCACUUAUUAACAUUAUUAGCAAAUAUUUAAUAAAUUUAUGUGGAAAUAUUUAAGCUUGGCAGUUGAAAUAAUACAUACAUAUAAUAAUAAGUACGAGUUAAAUUGAACCAGCAUUCUUCGGGGUGUGUACGCUUGUUGUUGUGCCAAUUCAAUACAUUUCUCAUCCCUUCCUGUUUGUGGUUUGUUUCUGGUGCUGUGUCUCCAAGUUUUUUGCAGCUUGCAAUUUGUUUAAGCCAGGCUUAUUAUUAUACUAAGUGGUUAUUUAAAAAUGGUCAAUGUACCACCAAUACCACCACUAUUAUGCAGUACUCCACCGCCCAUUGAUUUUGGUGAAGAUGAUGAAGAUGUCGAUGUACUGCCGCCCACUCUUGACGGUGUGGUCGACGAUGAUUUUGGUGACUUUCUAACCGUUGAUGAUGCAAAUACCAAUGAACCUCUGCCUUCACCACGACCACCUUCAGAAUGUGAUUUACCAGCAGUCAGUAUUUACGAUGGCAUAAUACCGCCCCCAGAAGAUAAUCUUAAAAAUCUCGCGACAAUACCCUCGUCGUCAACGCCACCAGCAACACCAGGAGGUAAUAAAAUCAGCAAAGAUUCUAAAAAUGCCACAAAAACUAUAAACAUAACUGAGGCAUUCAAUUUUGAAGUAAAAAAUACAUACGAAGAUGAAACUAAGGAAGAGGAAACCAAAUCAACAGAUGACCAACCUAACACAGAGGGUCUACAAAUAGAAACCAAUAAUUUUGAAAAAGAAUAUAGUCAAAUGGAAAGCACAGACAAAUUUAACAAUUUAACAGCUAACCCCGGUUUAAGUAAAAAUAUAAAAGAUUUAACGAUUGAAACUUCAGACGUUGAAGUGAAAUGUAAUAGUAAUAAAACGAAUCUUAACUGUAUGCAAAAUAUGGUGUCCAUUGAAGAUAUAGAAGAUGAUUUAAGUGAUGACGAAUUGUAUUCACCAAAAACACCGAAAAAUUUUAUUGAAACUGAUAAUUUAAAUGAUUAUUUUAAAAUCGAGGAGAUAAAAACAACCUCGACUAUGGAGAAUUUAACAAAAGUUGAUUCUAAGGAUGUAGAUGCUAAAUCUUUGGAUUCUUUAGACAAUAAUGAGUCUGCCUCUACUGGAAAUGAUAACGACAAUGAAUUUAAGUCAUUCUCAAGCAAUAGUUUUAUACAAAACAAUUAUGAUAUACCGCCACCAUUGCAGGACGAUACGAACAGUAUCGAUGAUGAUGAUUUUGGAGAUUUUGCAGAUUUUCAAGAUUUCAGUACGUCCGUGACACCUGCAGAAACUCAAUAUUUUGUAAACAAUACAGUACCUGUCAGUGACAUUAAUAGCAAACAACAACAUAACGACGACUUAGAAUUUAAUGGUUUUAAUGAUUUUAAUAAUUAUAAUACAACUAAGGAAACUACAAAAAAUGUAAAUUCCAAUAAGGAAAAACAGGAAGAUGUUGAAGAAAACAACACCUUAACAUAUUUUAAAGCAGAAGAGGGGGAUGAAUUUGAACAAUUUACGUCACAGUCUAACACAUUACCCGACAGCUUAGAAGAAUGUUCCAAACAAAAUGCUUUAGCAAACGAAAUUAAAACUCAGGAAAUUCCACAAGACACAACAACUGAAGUAAACAUCUCAGAAGAUUUUAAUGAAGAAAAUAAGAAAAGCUCACAUUUAGAUAAUAGUUUUGGUGAUUUUAAUUCAGUUAAUAAAGAACAUGAUAAUAAUGAAGAUGAUUUCGGUAAUUUUGCUGAAUUUCCUAAGCCUACUCAAAAUUUGCUUAAUGCAAAUAAUGAAGUUUUAAAAAAUACUGAGGAACCAAAGGAAAGCUCCCCUGAUAUUCUAAACGUUGAUGAGGAAUUUGAUGAUUUUGCCGAUUUCGAAUCACAUGAAGUAAACCCCAAAACAGAACCAACAUUAACUAAAGAAGCUUCGACUUUUAAUAAUAAUGUUACAAAAGUUAAUGAUGUGGAAGAAGAUGAUGAUGAUUUUGGUGAUUUUAAUACAGCCCAACCUAUAACACCGACUGCCUCCAGCCUAGCACUAACAAAAACUAGUCAAAAUAUCACUGCAGCAACAGCGGCUCCACCACCAACACAUAAUCUUAAUGAACGCAUAUCGAAAAUUUUACAAUUAAUGUUUACUCCGGCCAAAAUUCAAGCAGCAGACGAAAGUGUCGAUAAACCUAAAACCGAAAAAAUACAAGAUAUACCCUUCACAUCCAUUGAUGCGGCAAAGGCUUUAGAAUAUCAAUGGCUAAAUUCGGAUACACGUCAUUCGUUUAUAAGAGCAUUGGGCAUUGACUCAAGAAAUAUUCUAUUUGGUGAAAAUUGGAAUCCUUCAUUGCCGCGUUUUGCAGCUAAUCUGAGUUUUAAUCCUUUAAAGCCUAUGAAACCUGUACAAUCCUCCAACAAUACAGCUGAUUCCAAUGCAAUGUUGGAACCCAUUCCUAUUAUUAUCUCAGAGUCAACUAAAACUUUGGAAGUAACAGGCAGCGUUAAAAAUGAGUCUUUCGAUUUGGAUUGGAAACCAACAAGUACUCAAGAGCAAACAACAGAAGCUUUUAAAGAAUCUACUGUAACAUCCGUAGCACAGUCUUUAACUCCAACAACCUCUGUACAUUCUGUAGCAAAUGAGCCGCCACCAGCAGAACCAGUAUCAUUAACAAUUUUUGAAAAUCCUCUUGACAACGAGGACAAAUUUUCCAAAACUCCACCCAUUAGUGAAAUGGAAUCGGUACCGAAUUUUUCGUCUCCCCUACCCUCAAACAAUUUGGAUUUGGAAGCCUCACAGAAUGCUGGUAAUCUCGACGAUUUCGAUAUAAAAGAUAUUGAAGAAAAUUUGAAAAAUACUCUUAACAUAAAUGAAGUGGUCGUAACAUCUACUUUCACAGGAUCAUUUAAAGAAACUCACAUUUAUACACCACCCAAAACGAAUGAUUUUGAAGCAAAAUCUACAACAGCAGCAUCAACGACAUCGUCAUCACCUACGAAAGUAUCCCCUAUAGAUUUUGAUUACGAAAAGGCUGCCAUGGGUGUUAUAAUAAACGAAACUGUAGUCAAAAAGGAAUAUAGAGAUGUGGAAUAUAAUCCACCUUUUAGCAUGGAAUCUCUCAGUAAAUCUGUCACAAAUAAAAGUGAAAUAUUUGAAGCAAAUUAUCACAACAGCAUCAAUACAAACAAUAUCUUAAGUACAGCUGAAACAGACGUUGCAAUAGAGGAUGAGCAGGAAUCUAGUGAUGAUUUUAGCGAAUUUCAAUCAGUACCAAGUGAAAUAAACAUGCCAACAGCGAAUCCGUUGGCUGUUAGCAAUACAAAACCUUUAGAAGUACCUAAACCAACAACAGUUUCUCACGGUGGUAUGAUCUUAAGUCCUGCCAUUUUAAUACCUCAGGCCAUAUCCUUAGAACAGCAGAAACCAAAAAUAGAAUGGGGCGAUUCUACAGCUACUAUAAAUCCUGAAGAAUUGGCACGCAUUGAGGAGUUAUUCCCAGAGCCUAAAUCUCUUAAAUCCUCUAAUGGUUCAAAUUCAUCACAAAAAUCAACUCCUACCCACCAAGUGGCCUCCACACCCUCCAUAAGUGCCGCUGUAGCCAAUAAGGAGUUGGAAGGCAAUCAUAAUGAUGACGAUGAUGACUGGUCUGAUUUUGUUUCAGUAACCGUAACAAAUAAUGCAUCUGCCAAUAGAUUGGCAAACAAUAAUAAUAUUUUGGCCAAAAGUCCAGCUGGCUCGCCUUUCAAACAAAGAUCGCCUGUAGUAAACCAUAAAAUGCCUCCUGCCACACAUCACAACAAUUCCAAUAAUGAUGACGAAUGGUCAGACUUUGUAUCGAGUGCUCCGCCCACACAGCAGCCCGCCUCAUAUCGAGUUCCUCAGUUUAAUAGUGGUGCCUGGCAAAAUGCUAAUUUCUAUAAUAAUCCCUUAAGUAUGUAUCACAAGGGACCCUUAAAUGUACCCUCAGCAGCUGCAGCAAUUAAUCCAACUCAAAAAUCUCUUUACAACAACAACAAUAACUACAACAUCUCUCAACAGCCAUACCAAAUAGCAAAUAAUUUACCAUCUUUUAAUCCUGGCAACAUCCAACAAAUGCAGCAGCAGCCACAUAACAAUGUCUAUCAGCAGCAAAUACAUGUUAUGCAAAACUUCUCCACAGCACCAGUACCUACUCCUGAACGCCUUUCGGCAGCAGCAAACGCCUCCAAAAGCAAUCAAUUCCAAUCUAUAGGCUCAGCGAAGGUAGCACCCAGUAUAGCCCUUAUACCCGACUUGGGGUUUGUAGCACCAGCCAUACCCACUCACACCUCGUUCAUCAAUUCUUUGCCCAAACCAAGUAUUAAUACGAAGAAAUGACGUUUGCUCAAUCACAAUCAAACUACACACAAUCACCACCACCAACAACAACAACAACUUAACAGCCAAAAUUCCCAACAGCAACAACAACAUUCCCAUUCAACGAACCGUUUUAGAAAGACGACUGCGUUGACAACGACCGCCAUGAUGUCGAAAAAUCCGUACCGUUCCAAUAAUGCAAAUGUAUGUGUGUCUAGUUACAGUGAUGAUAUUCUAAUAUAGAAACAAAUUUAAACAAAAAAGAAGAAACAGAAACAUAAAUGAUAAUUAGUCGGUAGUCUUUAACUCUCAAUGUGUGUGUGUAUACUUUUUAACUUAAAUUUGUUUUAACUUAGUUUAAUAUAAAAUUAACAAAUUUAAAAAGGUUUUUUUUACAAAGAGAAAAUUGUUUAGUCUAAACAACUUACUCCUUAUAAUAAAUACUUUAGAAUAUUAAUUAAUAAAACAAAAACCAGAUCCUCCGCUAUUCAAUAAACAUUUUAAAGGGAUCAUUUUAAAUAUUUGUACUUAAUUGUGUUUUUUUGUUUUAGUUAAGUUUUUUAUUUUUAAC